AUGUUCUUCGUUGAUGCUAGCAACAAGCCAAACAGCUUCAGCAUCAAUCUUAUCCAUCGUGACUCUUCAAUGUCACCCUUAUAUGACUCUUCAAAGACCCUGGCAGAGCUAGUGAGAAAUGCUGCCACACGCUCUAUUUCUCGAUCCAAUAGACUUGAUUUCUCUAUAGAUAGAAACGAAUCAUCAUCACCAUCAUCAUCAAUUGAAACUAUUAUAGUACCUGACCACGGUGAAUACCUCAUGAAAUUCUCUAUUGGUACCCCAGCUAUUGAAAGGCUUGGAAUUUUUGACACGGGGAGUGAUCUUACAUGGGUACAAUGUUCCCCUUGUAAGAGUUGUUUCCCACAAGAUGCUCCAUUGUUUGAUCCAACCCAAUCUUCUACAUACAUGGAUGUGCCAUGUGAGUCACAACCAUGCAAAUUAAUCCCCGAGAAUCAACGUGAAUGUGGGAAUUCAAGGGAGUGCUAUUACAUACAACAAUAUGGUGAGAACUCAAUAACCAUAGGGAAAUUGGGUAGUGAUUCCAUUAUUUUUGGUUCAACGGGUGGGGGCCAAAGUGUCACAUUAACCGAAUCUAUUUUUGGGUGUGGCAUGUACAAUAAUUUCACAUUUGAAAUUAGUAGCAAGGCCUCAGGAAUUGUGGGACUUGGAGCAGGGCCACUGUCACUAGUGUCACAAAUAGGUGAUCAAAUUGCUAACAAAUUCUCCUAUUGUAUGGUUCCUUUCACUUCAACCUCUACGGGAAAAUUGAAAUUUGGGAAUCAAACAAUGGUAUCAGGAAAUGGGGUUGUGUCCACUCCUCUUAUCACCAAACCAUCUUUACCCUCCUAUUAUUUCCUCAACCUUGAAGGCAUCUCAAUUGGACAAAAAACAAUCCAAACUAGUCAAACUGAUGGCAACAUGGUCAUUGAUUCAGUGCCCAUAUUGACACAUCUUGAACAAAGAUUUUACAAUGAUUUUAUAAGUUCGGUGAAGGAAGCUAUUAAUGUGGAGAGUGUGGAAGAUGCUCCAUCCCCAUUUGACUUUUGUUUGAGAGAUGGGACUAAUAUGAGUGUCCCUGAUUUUGUGUUUCAUUUUACAGGUGCUGAUGUUGUCUUGAACAAAAAGAACAUGUUUAUUCCCUUAGACAACAACUUGGUUUGCAUGACGGUAUUACCCACCACUGGAAUUUCUAUCUUCGGAAAUUGGGCUCAGGUUGAUUUUCAAGUGGAGUAUGACCUUGGAGGGAAAAAGGUUUCUUUUGCUCCUACUGAUUGUAGCAGCAAUUAG